GUCGCAGAAAUGCCUUCAACUACAAACGCCUACAGGUAACACUUCUGGUCUGAAAGGUGUUCUGUCUUGACUUGCUAAUACAUGAAAGCUAACACCAAAUCAUGUAGGGGUCACUUGGACCCUCUGUCGUGAGCAGAUUGCAUAAGAGCUGCAGAGGUAGAGCUGGACAUGUGCUAGUUAAAUAGUAAUGUGAAGAGAGGUGAAUUCAGUCUCUCAGCGAACUGAACACGAAGACGGCAGCUCAAAAUGUCUGAGACAGACUUCGAGUCGCUAGAGAAGAUUCUGGACACAUAUGUACCUGAGGCUGAACGCAGAGAGGUCAGAAGACUCCUGUACGGAAAAGAGCUCAAGAAGCUGGACCUUCCCCAGAGUGCAAUAGAUGCUGCAGUGGAGCAAGAUUUUGAUCUGAAGGGUUAUGUGUUUGAGGCUUCUCCAGAACAGCUCAGACAGCCCAGAACUGUCCGUGUGGGACUCAUUCAGAACAAGAUAGUCCUGCCCACUGAUGCUCCUGUGUUUGAACAGAUCACAGCUCUGCACAAGCGUGUGGGGGAGAUGGUAGAGGUGGCGGCCACGUGUGGGGUCAAUAUCGUGUGCUUCCAGGAAGCCUGGACAAUGCCUUUUGCAUUUUGUACGCGAGAGAGGGAUCCCUGGACAGAGUUUGCAGAAUCAGCCGAGGAUGGGCUCACCACACGCUUUUGUAUUCAGCUGGCCAAAAAAUACAACAUGGUGGUGGUGUCUCCCAUUUUGGAGAGAGAUGAGAUCCACGGUGGAACGUUGUGGAACACUGCAGUGGUGGUGUCCAAUAAUGGCAAUGUUCUAGGCAAAUCACGGAAGAAUCACAUUCCCCGUGUGGGAGACUUCAACGAGUCAACAUAUUACAUGGAGGGAAACACCGGCCAUCGUGUAUUCCAGACACAGUUUGGAAAGAUUGCUGUUAACAUCUGCUACGGCCGACACCAUCCUCUCAACUGGUUAAUGUACAGCAUACAUGGAGCUGAGAUCAUCUUUAACCCUUCGGCCACAGUUGGAUUGCUCAGUGAACCAAUGUGGCCAAUUGAGGCUAGAAAUGCUGCCAUCGCAAACCACUGCUUCACCUGUGCCAUCAACCGUGUGGGAACGGAGUAUUUCAAGAAUGAGUUCACAUCUGGUGAUGGAAAGAAAGCCCACAAUGACUUUGGCCACUUUUAUGGCUCCAGUUACGUAGCUGCACCUGACGGCAGCAGAACCCCAGGACUAUCCAGAACCCGCGAUGGCCUGCUGGUGGCAGAAAUAGACUUGAACCUAAAUCGCCAAGUCGCAGACAAAUGGAACUUUAAGAUGACUGGGCGGUAUGAAAUGUAUGCAGAGGAGCUCAAAAAAGCUGUUCAACAUGACUUUGAACCCAACAUUGUUAAGGAGUGAGCUUAUCAGGAAAAAUGAGUGCCAAAAGCCCUUGAGAGGAACCGUUCCGCACUUUCAGCUGAAAGCCAAACUCUGCAGAUGCAGGAGAACCACAUUAUGUACUAGGGAUAAGUCCUUGUACCUCUACUUGAAUUUCACAGAAUAAUUUAUGAGUUUAUUUUUAAGGUCAAUAAUGGAAGGAUGCAUUUGAUGAAAAUACAAAUCCAACCUUUAUUCAUUUCUGAAAUCCAACUAUAUAUUUCAUAAAAAUAAAGUUCACCAUAUUAACAUUC